UAAAGUUAUUGAAGAAGAACUUUUCGAGGAGGAACCAAAUGAUAGUGAAGAUUGAGAGAGUUGGCGCAGAAGUCCACACUGGGAGAGGUUUGAAGGAAUUGCUGCAUUGUGUUGAUCGUCCGUUGAAGUUGGAGAAGAUACAGUAUGGCAAGUAUUGGUUGGUGCAAAAUUAUAUACGUGGCGAAGUGAGCACAUGGAUAGGUUGUGCCGAUAGUAUUACAUUGACCACAAAUGGCGAUUAUACAUUCUUCGAUAGUUUGCCAGUUCUGAUUGAACGUUGGCAAGCUCCCCUGAGUUUUGCACUCUUCGCGCCCGGCUACGAUUUCGAUGUCACCUUGAGUUGCAUUCAAUUUGUGCGAAAUUGCCUACCUGAAAGUCAGUACAUACGAGAUUAUGUCACUUUCCAUAUUUACUUUCCGGCAACCGAUAUGCCCAAGUAUAUACCGCUGACUGAGGAGGAAGCCUUGCGCUGGCCUUACGAUUGUGAUGACGUACCGCCAUAUGAAAAUGUCAAUCGUACUGCGAUGUACAAGACGCGGCACAAUAUGACUUAUCCUAUUAAUGUUGGACGUAAUAUAGCACGCAAAGCUGUCAAUACACAUUUUAUUUUCGCAUCAGAUAUUGAAUUGAUACCAUCGCCUGAUUUACCGCGCCUCUUUUUGGAGAUGGUCGAGCGCAAUCGAAGCGUAUAUUUGGAGGCCAAUCCGAAUCGCGUCUUUACAAUUCCCGUUUUUGAGGUAACCAAGGAGAGCGAAGUGCCUGAAAAUAAAACUUAUUUAGUAGAAAUGUUGCGCAAUAAAACCGCGAUACAUUUUCAUUCAAAUUUAUGUAAACUGUGUCAUUUGGUGCCAAUGCAAAGCAAAUGGGAAAAUGCUUCGGAUGCUGAAGAGUUAACUCUUUUUUCGCAAACAAAGCGAGAAGGAAAUUUCAAGAUCUGGGAACCUUUCUACAUAAGCGAUAAUCACGAGCCCGUAUUCGAUGAGCGUGUGACAUGGGAAGGACAAUCGAAUAAGCGGAUACAGGGCUAUGCCAUGUGCUUACUGGGAUAUGAUUAUUUCGUACUUCAUCCGGCAUUUUUGGUUCACUCGCCGGGUAUAAAAUAUUUCGUUAGAAAUUCUCCACGUCUCAAAUAUGUACCAGGCACGAAUAGACUCAUUAAGAAUGUAAUACAACCGGAGUAUAAAAUUUUAUAUGGCAUCAAUAACAAAUGCCGAACGUGAUAUUUAAUUAUAAAAAACGUGUAUCUAUUUGUAAUAAGAAUUUUUCGCCUAGCUUUCAGUUGUAAUUUUAGUACUAAGCAUACAAUUACUGUAUUUAAUAAAUUAACUAAAAAACUUUUAGAUAUUAUU